CUCGAGUCACCCCUGAUAACAAUCAGCACUACAGUACGCAACGAAAAGAAUCGCCUAUUAUCGGUUUCGCAUAACCGCGUGGAUUUCAUCUACCUUCCUCCAAAUAGCGUGUGGACUCCUGAUGUGGUGUUUCCAGGACUUGCAGGAAUUGAUCAUGAAGAAUUUUAUGGCCAGGCUAUUUAUUACGAUGGAAUGGUGGUUGCAAAGACAUCUGUAAUGACUAUUCGAGUCUAUUGUCAGCUGAAAUUCAGAUAUUUUCCAUUUGACUCUCAGAAGUGUAAUCUUUCUGCAUCUCAAUGGCUAGCAGGGGUAGCGCACUACACAUUAGAUGAGAUUCAUGGUCUGGAGGGAGAAAUAAACGAUCCCAUUCUAGAUAAACAACAGGGUCAAUGGGAGUUAUUGCCUCCCGUAAACUACAGGGUGUUCAAAGUAUCUUGGUGGUACGACUACUACCAAAUCGAAUACACUUUAAAAUUCAGACGAACACCGACGUUCUAUGUGGUGGUAUUGAUAGUGCCUUCAAUCCUGUUGGCAAUACUUCCUCUUCUGGGAUUUCUCAUUCCGAUCGACUGUGGAGAAAAAAUUUCACUCGGAGUGACAGUCCUUCUAGCCCAGGUUGUGGAACUGUUGGUUCUGUCGGAAAUUCUACCGCCAACUGGAAAAGGCGACUUUCCUAUUUUCGGCCGUCUCGUUAUUUACUCGGUGGUUCUGAUAGUAAUGUCGAUUGCAGAAUCAAUGAUUGUCACUGGUAUUCACAACAAAUCACCAGAUACUAAAAUGCCCAAAUCUAUCCAGCUAAUCCUCAGUUCUGGGAUGAUGAAAUUGUUAAGUCCCAAGAAUGACGAAAACUGUACACAAUCAACAGCUCAGACCCAAACAGAGUUCUCGAACAUCCAAGAUGCCGUCAACUAUUCAAAAUCCCACGAAAUGACUGUCAGCCGAAACAAAUCUAGCUUAGAAGACAAAGAAGAAGCACAAUCAGUGGCCAAUGAAUGGAGAUAUUUGGCAAAAGUGAUCGAUCGCCUCAUGUUUAUACUGUACUUUGUUUUGCUGUUAUCCGGGUUUCUGUAUUUCUUUAUAUAUAUAAACAUCUAA